ACUUGCUACAGUGACCGCGGUCGCAAACCGCAACCGCAACUCCAAAUAACUUCCAUCACCUAUACCUUGAAUACAUCUUGUAUCUUGUGCAUCUAGUGUGACAUCUUCAUCAUAGUCUUUCGGUUCCAAAGAGCACCAUAUUCGUUAAAUCCAUCCUCAAGAAAGCAGUCCUGAUUUCGAGUCGCGGAGACAACCUAUUGAGGCCUUGCCACGAUACCUCUACCCCCAAGAACUGCCCGCUGCCGUAGGCAGUUGCACAACUUCCGGGCGACCCAAUACUUGACCAUCUCACCAUUUAGAAACAUCGUUUAGCAUCAAAGAAAUAGCGGAAGCACCAGCAAAAUGGCAACACCAAAGUUCAACUCCAAAUCGCCCACCAUCCGUCGCAUCCUCCGCGAAGCCCAAGAACUUUCCGCUUCGCCCUCCCCCGAUUACACAGCCACCCCGCUCGAAUCAGACCUCUUCGAAUGGCACUUUACCCUCCGCGGGCCCCCUAAUUCGGUCUACGCCGAUGGCAUCUACCACGGCCGCAUCGUUCUCCCACAAGCCUACCCGCUACGACCUCCAUCCUUCCGCUUCGUCACACCUUCCGGGCGCUUCGAAGCCAACCGCGAGAUUUGUCUUUCCAUCAGCGGCCACCACGAAGAGACAUGGCAGCCCGCCUGGGGAGUACGCACCGCCCUGGUCGCAUUGCGCUCCUUCAUGGAGACAGACCCCAAGGGGCAGCUGGGCGGUCUUGACGCGACCGACGCCGUGCGCAGGCGGAUGGCGACCGAGUCGAGGGCGUGGAAAUGCCAGGCCUGCGGAAAGUCAAACGAGGAGAUCAUUCGGGAGUGCGAAGAGGCGGCCAAGGAACACCAGGGAGAAGGUCAGGCCGAGGUGGAGGUGCCGAGCGAUUUGAAGAUGGGGUGGCGGGACGAGAUGGACAAGAACGGCAGUGGUGCGGCGUCGGGGUCUAAGGCGCAACAAGACGAGGAGGAUGCUGAAAGUGCCGAGUUGGCCGAGGGGUUCGUACAAACGGUGCCUUUGCCGCCAGCGUCACAACCCGAGCCGGUAGGAACUUCAUCGUCCUCGAUCCCAGCGCAACCAGGGCAGGGUGUGCCACAGCCGACGAGGACGAUCCCCCUGCCUGCACAAUUUAAUUCUCACCCUCAGCUUAUGAUGCAGCAUCGUCAACCACCGCAGGUUAGGGUUAGUAACGACGAGGUGACGUUCUGGAUCGAUCGGCUGAUUGUAGUCCUAUCCAUCGCCCUCGCUGCCAUGAUUCUGAAGGUUUUCCUGGCAUAGCUGUCAUGAUUCUCAAAGUCUUUCUGGCAUAAUGGUUUGGCUCUACAGCGCUGGUCUGCUUGCCCCUUUUUUGAAGUUUACACAUUUGGGAAUUCGGCGUUUUUGGGCGAUCACAAGGGUGGCAAGGAUGGAUGGGUUUGGAAGGGCGUUUUCCUACAGAGAUUGAACUUCUCAUAGCGACACGUGGGCUUGUUGGAAUACCCAUGUUUUUAUACACAGAAGACACAACAUGGGAUUUGGCAUUAUGACGCAAUGGGGUUUUGCUACACAUAUAUUACAGCUUGUCAGUAGUAAUAGUAAGUAAGGUGUAACACCUCGUGCCCUCCCUCAGAAAGGUAUCGAGCGAUGAUGUGGAAGAAACUAGCUAGGUUAGCUGAGCGAACACGAUGUAAUCUCUGCG